AUGUCUGCACUUCAAAAGCACGUGAGUUCGGUCUCUGCUGAGGCGAAACCCAUGCCUUGCAAACAUUGCAAAAAUGGUAUCGGUUCCAGCGUCAGGCCCAGGUUGACAGGCUGGCCGUUGGAGAAGCCUAGUCACAACAAUCAUGUGUCAAAGGUGUCUAAAAAAGUCAGUAAUAAAGCUAGGACGUCGGAACUGACGCACAGAACCCCGCCCGCAUCUUGUGAACAGUAUGCGAGGGCUGCCGAGUAGUGAACGAUAUCAACUGAAGAAGUCGGUUCGAAAUGGGACUCUGGACGUGGGUUCGCUUACUGGGAAUUCCCGAAAGGUUGCUGAUCUGAUGAAGCGCAGAAAUAUGCAAGUCCUAUGCCAUCAGGAGACCCACUGGAAAGGAGCAAAGGCUAGGGAAAUCAGAGAGGGUGUCAAACUCUACUACAAUGGGAUGACAACAAACGACAUGGUGCGGCUACAGCAGUAGCGGAGUCCCGCAAGGACUCCGUUUCCGCCGUCAGGACUCCGUCUCUGCCGUCAGGACCCCGCCUCCGCCGUCAGGACUCCGUCUCCGCCGUCAGCAGGAUCAGCAGUAUAAUAAUGACAGUAAGAACAGACAGUAAUGAUGGGUACAAGUCAAUAAAGUUCGGGGACGCAAAACAGGCCGGCUGGCCCCAGCGUGAAAAAGAAGCGUUCUACCUGAGCCUCGACGAUGCAUCGACAGGUACAGAAGGGGAUCAUAUUAGGUGA